AUGCAGAAGAUGCGGAAAGAGAAUUGCAAAGGCAAGAAGAAAUUCUUUCAAAUCAACAAAUGCGAGAAUAUUUCAGAUCAGUUUUUCAAGAAACUGAAGUUGAAGCCCUUAGUUGAAGCCAUUGCUCCACAAGAACAACCACAGCAACAAGAAAAUGAAGAUUUUGCAGCACUGUUUCAAGAAAUUGAACCACAGCAAGUUGCUGCACCAGAACAACAACUAGAACAAGGCUCUUCCUCUGGAAUUAACCCUUGUUAUCAAAAAUCAGUCCAAGGCCUCCAAGAGUUUGGUCAGUUUCAAGAAACUGGAGUUGCUGCACCAGAACAACAACUAGAACAAGGCUCUUCCUCUGGAAUUAACCCUUCUUAUUAUCCGCAAUCAGUCCAAGGCCUCCAAGAGUUUGGUCAGUUUCAAGAAACUGAAGUUGCUGCACCAGCACAACUAGUACAAGGCUCCUCCUCUGGAAUUAACAAGUAUGUCCCUUCUUAUCCCCAAGAAUUUGCUCAAUUACAAAAACGUGGAACCCAACAUGCCCAAGAAGUCAUUGCAGCACAGGGCAUGCCUGAACAACAACAAGAACUUGAACAAAGUUGGAGCCUCCAAGUCUCACCUCAGUUUCACGAAUCUGCAGCCCAAGAACAUGCAGUCAUGGCAGCACAGGACAUGCCUCUGCCUCAACAACCGCAACAAGUAGAACAAGGAGGCCAUGCCCCUCCUGACGUCCCCCCAAGCCACCAAAACAAGAUCACAAGGUGCAGCAAGCGUUUUGAGAAGCAGUUGGCAUAUAGUGAGUGA